AUGACUUUCAACCACGACAGUCAAGCCCUCAUCAACACCUUCGUCGCCAACGCCCAUCGUAUAUCCGACGCAAUCGAGAGCUCAGCUAGAGAGCUGGCCCAGUCUCUCUUGGACCUAGACGCCGAGUUUGCAUCCAUCCUUGAUUUUGUCGAGCUUCGCUGUCGCCUUCCAGAUGAUGUAAUUGACAUCUUCUCCCGAACCCUCCCUCAUAUCCCCGAUCUUCUCAACGCGGAGCACGCGAGAGCCAAGAUCAAAAAGGCUGCCAUCGCGUGGGCCGUCACCUCCGGCCACAUGGUGUACUUUUUCGGCUGGCAUCACGGAUACGACUUUUGGAACCAAGUCAAGCUUUUGGCAGACACGACGCCCGGCGCAUUCACCGACACAUUCAAUCGCCUCAGACAGGUUGCUCGCGAUCGACGCGCACCAGGCGCCACCUUCGGACGGAGAGGCGUGUGCAAAUCUGCGCCCGGCAUCACCAAACACGACGUCACCGUUGUCUUGAGGGAACAUACCAACCCCACAUUCAACAAUCCAACCGAAGUCGCCGAGCAUACAGAAUACUCUGCCGAGGCAAGCCACGCGGCAGCUGCAAAGACGAAUCGCUCCGUUCCCCACAUCCGUCCCGUCAUAAUAAACGAGGCUUCCGUGCAAAAGGAUGAGGUUGUUGGCUUGACACAAGAACGCUCGGACACCCACAACCCAAUGGUCCUCGACAACAGAUCGCCUAAAGCCCUCCACACAACCAAGCCUUCGAGGGAACAAAGCUUCGCCGACUCACGGUGCACAUCCUACAGCGACAGUGGCGUGGACUUGGGUCUCUACGAUAGUAAUUCGGAACCAUCAGAGGCCGACGACGACCAGCUAAGUGAACUGUCCACAGCUCCGACAAUCGUUAUCGAUACAACAACAAGCGAGAUGUCUGCCCAUAAGCGCAAAGCAUCCGCCGUCACUCCCUUACAAGGAACAGAAGACUCUUUGACAAUAGAAGAAGGCAACUCAAAGAAGCAGAGGAGCGCCAUGGCUGCUGACGACUCGACCAAGCCAAGUGACACAUCAGCGAUUUUAAGUCAUCCCGACUCCUUUCUCCAGACAUUCUUCGGUCCAUGGAACGAUUCUGCCGUUCUAGAAGCCCUCGUACUUGGCUCCGACGACCCCAUCAACAAAUCGAACCGGAAGACAUUACGAACCCUUGCCUCCGGCACCCCCACAAUGUCUCUUUUUGUCCCCUUGCGCUCUAGGGAUUUUCAAUGGUCAUUUGGUAUUGUUCGACUAGUCAACGGAGAACCGGCAUACUUUCAUCACUACGACUCAGACCCGGAUCAAACCAAGACUGACGUACUCGCCGACGUCAUCAACAAAAUACUAGAUGAGUUGUGCCCAGAAGAGUAUAGAUCGGCAGCCAGCCUCAUGUCUCGACGCAUCUCUCCUCGCCAUACGUGCCCGAAUGACAGCGGUCUCUACCUUGUCGCUAACGCAUUGUACGUUCACGCCGGCCUUGAGCGACCCCAGCAUUUCAACGUCCAACUUUGGAAGUACAUUGUCGACACUGUCCUGCAGCAGUCUCCUACCUUUCCCGACACAUUCACAGUGCAACAGCCCCAGCCUAUCAUCGUUGAAGACGUGCCCCGACUGAGUCCAGGGGCGACGGCGACAGAGUGGGCCGAGUGGCAGCACCAAUUGUUGGAGGUUUCGAAACGCAACAGCAGCGCAAUAGCUGCAGAAUGGAACAGCAGGAUUCAGAAGACGACGUCAAUCAGAAACGACAUUGAAGAUGCCUGUGCUGUCAUUUCGCACGCUGUUUCCAAGCGCACUCAGCUCGGCGAGCCAUUCGCCGUCGGCGCAAACCUUUUGGGGAAGCUCUUGCAGGAACUGGGGGAACACUCGCGGUCAAUUAGUGUUGCGAUUGUGGACAGCGAAACGGAAAAGAAGAGUCAGUGCAUCACGUUAUGUCUUUUUCACAGACGAUAG